CACCUCCUCAAUUCUCUCACCCUCAUAAAUUAAAAAGCCUAAACUUUGCUCUCUCCUCUGACUACUCUCAUCCUCUUAUCUUACUUUAUUAGGCCUCUCACAUCCUUCUCCUAACAAAAAAAAGUCAAAAACCAAACCAAACCAAAACCCAUCUUCUCUCUCCCAAGGCCUAUAAUCUCAAAACACCUUUUAUAGCAUCUUCAAUGGUGAGUUUAGAAUCUCUGAAAUCUUAGGCCAUAACCCACUUUGAAUAUUGAAACUUUAUCAUGGGUCACUGCUCAAAGAUCUGAUUUUUAACACUGAAUCUCCACGAUAAUAUUAGAUAAGAUCUCAUAGAAAGAGAAACAAUAAUAAUGGGAAGCAAAUGGAGGAAAGUGAAGCUAGCUCUUGGCAUGAACACUUGCCUCUUCGUUCCUCAAACUCUAGAGGAUUCCUCCUCAUCCACCGCUAGACUCUCCGACUCCGUUUCUCUCUCCACAGGCCAUGGCUCCAACCGUCGUCCGACCACACCUACUCCUUCCUCUUCGGGGCUCCGCUUGUCUUUUACCGGAUCCAAAUCUUCUUCAAAGAAGACUUGUGCAAUAUGCCUGGCCACCAUGAAACCAGGCCAGGGUCAUGCCAUAUUCACUGCAGAAUGCUCCCAUUCUUUCCACUUUCACUGUAUUACCUCGAAUGUAAAACAUGGGAACCAAGUUUGCCCAAUUUGCCGAGCAAAAUGGAAAGAAAUUCCCUUUCAAAGCCCAGCAUCUGAUCUUUCCCACGGAAGGUCAAGAAUCAACCCUGUGGGUUGGCCUCAAGAUGAUGCUUGGAUGACUGUUCUACGACGUCUCCCUUCUCCUCGGUUAGAUGCAAGUCGGCAGAUAUCUUCAAUAUUUCAUGCCCCCGAGCCAGUUGUCUUUGAUGAUGAUGAAGUUUUGGAUCACCAACCUGAGAUUACUGAGAAAACCACAUCUGCUAAAGAAGCUUUUGAUAAAAAUUCUACUGGAACAAUAGAUAUCAAAACAUAUACAGAAGUUUCUGCUGUUCCUAGGUCAGCCUCUCAUGAUAAUUUCAACGUACUAAUCCAGCUGAAGGCUCCAGUUACAAUUGAAAGACAAGAUAGCAACAGAAACCUGACUGAAUCGCCACCAGUACCUCAAAAUUCUCGUGCUCCAGUUGACCUUGUCACUGUGCUUGAUGUCAGUGGCAGCAUGGCAGGUACCAAGCUUGCUUUGCUGAAACGAGCCAUGGGCUUUGUAAUAGAGAACCUUGGCCCCUCUGACCGGCUGUCUGUAAUUGCUUUCUCGUCUACAGCCCGCCGCCUCUUUCCGCUUCGUCAAAUGACUGAUACUGGACGGCAGCAGGCAUUACAGGCUGUCAAUUCUCUAAUUUCAAACGGUGGGACAAACAUUGCUGAAGGCCUAAAGAAAGGUGCAAAGGUGUUGGUAGACCGCAAGUGGAAGAACCCAGUUUGCAGUAUUAUACUUUUAUCUGAUGGGCAGGAUACAUAUACUGUCGGUGGUCCUGUGGGGAGCCAUGCUCAAACACGCUACCAAUCACUUCUACCAAUCUCAACCCGUCGUAAUAAUGGUGAAGGCUUGCAAAUUCCGGUGCAUGCAUUUGGAUUUGGUGCUGACCACGAUGCUGCAUCAAUGCAUUCAAUCUCUGAGAUUUCUGGGGGGACAUUUUCUUUCAUAGAAGCCGAGGGUGUAAUUCAGGAUGCAUUUGCACAAUGCAUUGGGGGCCUCCUGAGUGUGGUAGUGCAAGAGCUACAAGUCAGAGUACAGUGUGUUCACCCAAGUUUGGAACUCAGUUCAAUAAAGGCAGGAAGUUACCGAACCAGCACACUGUCAGAUAGAAGAAUAGGCUUUAUUGAUGUUGGAGACAUGUAUGCUGAAGAGGAGAGGAACUUUUUGGUGACAAUCAAUAUUCCAGUUGGUUGUUCCAAUGAUGAUAUGACACUUCUAAAAUUUAGAUGUGCUUAUAAAGACCCAGUUACAAAAGAAAUGUUGACUAUGGAAGAAGACAGGGAAGUAAAUAUUCAGAGACCUGAAGUCACUGGAGAACUGGUUGUGUCCAUGGAAGUGGACAGGCAGCGAAACCGGCUGCAUGCUGCAGAGGCAAUGGCUGAAGCUAGAGUUUCAGCUGAACGUGGUGAUCUAGCUGGCGCAGUCUCCGCUCUGGAGAGCUGUCAUAGGGUAUUAUCCGAGACUCCCUCUGCACGUGCUGGUGACCGGUUGUGUGUUGCACUUUGUGCUGAGUUGAAAGAGAUGCAAGAAAGGAUGGCAAACCGUCAGGUAUAUGAGGCAUCUGGAAGGGCUUAUGUUCUAUCAGGAUUGAGCUCGCACUCAUGGCAGAGGGCAACUGCACGAGGUGAUUCCACAGAUAGUACAAGCCUUGUGCAAGCUUACCAAACCCCAUCAAUGGUAGACAUGGUGACACGGUCUCAGACCAUGAUAUUUGGAAACCCAGCGCCUCAACGAACCCUCCGGCCUGCUCAGUCAUUUCCUGCCCGAUCACGGCCACGGUAAUUGUUGGAUUUGUCUUAGGAAAUUAUCCUCACCUACAUAUUUUCUAUAUCCAGACCUUUUUGUUUCUUUGUUGUUAUUAUUAUUAUUAUCAUUUUCCUUAUUGUGGUUUUGGGAAGUGGGGUAUAAUUGGAGAGAGAAGUUUUGGGUGUUUUUAAUUAACAUGGUGGAAAUAUUCCUUGUUUUGCCAUGUAAAUGAAUAAGAAUUGGGGGGAAGUUAAGAUAAUUGGGGCUUAGAAAAAUAGUGAAAAGGGAAAAGUGGGAUCUAAGGUUUAUCAAGUGUGGUUCUGAGAAGAUGUACAUAGAAAAUUUUCCCUUAGUUUUUGUUUUUGUUUUUAUUUUUGGUCUUAAGAGAGGGGGUAUAGCCUUGUAAUUGUGGGGAUACUUGGGGUGAAAAUUUUCACUUAAAUAUAUGUAUGACAUAUCUGCUCCUAAUUCUAUUCACAACUUCUGAU